AUGCUUGAACCAGUUGACAUUACUCAAUAUGAAUUUUACAUACAUAUUCCAUACCUUUGGGUUUGGCUUUUAAUAAAAGCAGCUGCUGAUAGGCCAAUUUUCAAAUUUUGGGAUUUGAUGAUUAAUCCUAAGGAACAGUUUUAUUGGAAACAAUGGGAAAAGCUUAAUGUUGAAUUUUGGGCCUUGCAUAUAUGUUUAUAUUCAGCACUUGGAAAUAGAACAUUAAAAUUAAAAGAACUGCUAAAUGGAGUAUUGUGUUCAAAUUCAUUUAUAGAUAAAGAUGUGGAAAUUUCUG